UGAGCUGAUCGCAGAGGGAACCGGCAUGUAUGCCUGCGAUGUGAAGAGCUGGCAGUUUACUCUCAGCAAGGAGAGCUCCAGGUUCAGCCGCCGGCUGUCGUUGGAAUCAGGUCCCCGACGCGAGGCGUUGCGCCCCCUGGCGCUGCCAGCACCGGUGACACCGUUGACGUCCACGCCCGGGAUGUUGACGUCACCCUUGAAGCGCGCUUUCUCGGGCGAGGCGGAGCCCUUAGGGCCCAGGCUUCUAGAGCCGCAGGCGCUAGAUGUUCCGUCAGCCCCUGCGGCUUUGAGCCCGAGCUCGGUGUCCCCGGCGGCCUCGCCCUGCCCCAGCCCGCGGCAUCCCAAACUGGAGCCCUUGGCGGUGCCUGUAUCGCAGGAGCUACCAGUCGUGUCAGACCGCCGUCGCAGCCAGGACUCGGGCAGCCCCCUGAAGGGAAGGCUGCGGAGAGCCCUCACGCGUCGCCACGCGAAAACGGCCAGCCCGAGCUCGGGCCCGAGCCCGAGUCCGGCGAGCCGCUCAGGGACGGAUGAGACCCAGCCAGAGGUUGACCCCGCCUCAUCACAUCUCGAGCGUGACACGGAGAUCGAGGAGAUCGAAGGCCGACCCGUGAGCAAGUCCGAGCGUGAGAAGUGGGAUGCUGCCUUUGCCAAGCACCAGCAGGACGGGGAGCUCCACGUCGAUGAUGUGAAAGCCGCCCUGGUGAUGUGUGGCUUUGAUGUGCGUGACGCGCUGCUGAGCCGAGUGCUUGAGCAGCUCACCCGCUGGAACACCUUGGACCGGGAUGAGUUCUCGCUCCUGGUGUGCCGAUUCGAGGUGGGUUUGCGCGAGGCCUACGAGUCAGAGUUCAAUCAGCUGGACACCUGUGGCGCCGGCACCAUGGACGUAAAGCAGCUGGAGCUACUGCUGCGGCAUGUGGGCCAGACGGUGCGGCGCGCCACCUUGGAGGACUUGGUGAAGGAGGUGGACGACUCUGGCAGGGUGGGCGUCAGCGGUUUUCAGAAGAUCCAGCACCUCAUCCGCAAGCGGGAAGGCUUCACCACCGCGGAGCUCGAGAGCUUUGCUCAGGUCUUCCGGCGCUUUGACCGCGACGACUCAGAGACCAUGUCCUGCAGCGAGUUUGCCAGCGCGCUCACCUGGCUGGGCUUCCCUUGCGGGCCCGAGAAGGUCAAGGAGUUCCACCAAACCAGCGCCAGUGACGGCCAGCUCAGUGAGGGUGACUUCGUGCGGUGCCUGCGCCGGGUCUUCGAUGACGAGCUGCAGCAAGUGGAGAGCUUCUUGAAGAAGACGGGCCAGCGAUGCACAGGUGACCAGCUGAAAAGCUUCGUCCACGGGCUGGGCUAUUCUUCCUCUCCCCAGGCAAUUCUGGACGCGCUGUCCGAGACAAACUGGAGCAUGGAGGAUGACCUUUGCCACAACAACCACUCGGCCUCCUUGCGUGGGCUUCGCCUUCGCCUCAGCGUUGACGACGUGUGCAAGCUGCUGAGCGCCCUUCGAGCCUGCGACGGCUUCACUCAAAGCGAGCUGCAGGACUUGAAGGAAGCCUUCAAGCGCAACAACCCAGAACGCAAGGAGCGGAUCUCAGCGCCGUACGCCAGCCGUGCGCUGCGGUGGUUGGGCCACGGGCUGCCACUGCAAGAGCUGCUGCAAAUCUCCGCCGAGGUAGAUGUCGAUGGCGGCCACUGGCUGGACUUUUCCAUGUUCAUCAAGCUGGCGCGGAAGUGUAACGAGCGAGAUCAGGUGAACGCGGUGGCGGCGUUCAAAGCCGCCGACACGGAAGAAGAGGGAGUGCUGACAGCGGACCAGCAGAAAGUAGCUUUGCUGGAGCUGGGCUGCCUCGAGGGCGGCCGCCUGCCGCUGCGCAGCGCUAGCGAGAUGGAUGGCGCCAACCUGCGGGUCUUCCUGGGAGUCGUGGAGCGCUUCAAGAAGUCUUGCCUGCCUACGUUCAGGAAGAACCAGGGCUUCAGCAGCGUGGAGCUGGAAGAGCUGCAGACUUUGUUCGAGACCUGGGACCGGGGGGACGGCUCCAUCUCCAAGGCGCAGCUCGUGAAACUCAUCGAAGCCUUGUUUCCCAGGCAGGCGCGGUGCCGGGAAUUCCGGCCCUUUCUAGUUCAGCUGCUGCAGGAACAGGAGAAUGCCUCGCUGACCUUCGAGGAGGUGUUAAAAAUUGCGCGGAAGAUCUUGAAUCAGGAGGAGGAAAGAGAGAUACUCGGCGGCAUACCGGCGAUGGGCCGUGGGAGGUUUGAGCGGGAGGUGGCUGCGAUCAAGCGCCUCCGCUUCUCCGUCCCAGAGGCAAAUCAGUUUCGGGACUUCUUCUUGGCGCAGGACAUGCAGAUGGACCGUUUGCAGGAGAUGUUCGACAGGGCAUCGCAACAGACUGACGGCUGUGAACAAACCGUGGGUUUCGUGGAGUUUUUGCAGGUCAUGCGUGACGUUGCGCGAGAAGGGUGGUUCUCUCAAAGCUGAGGGUGUAGACUUAUGAAUUGUGCUCACUGCAUGUUGCACGAUACGGCCAUAUCGAAUUCAAGUGGGCCCCGUGAUUUGAACCGAGCGAGGCAGGCUUGUGUCGGGCUCCUUGGCCCCCAGGGGCUCCGGACGCCCGCUUUUCGGCGCUGCCAGUGCUGGCUUUUUUUUGCCCACAAGUUUUGGACGUCGCUCAGGGCCCCCAAGGGGCCCCUCGUGCUUGCUGCCGCCGUGUCCAGCACAUAUUUUGAAGCUGCGACGGUGGUUUUUCGCGGCAAUUGGAACCCGGCUGCCCAGCACAUCCUCCCGUCCCGC